AUGGCAAUCAUCUUCUACAUCUGCUUACUCCUCCCCGUUCUUCGAAUCAAGUCCGAUUUGCUCAAUCUCCUCAAGGAUUCCGUCUCCGAUUUGCUUGGAUACGGUGGCGUUAAUCCUCGCCUCCACGAAGAAGAUGUAUGUCUGGUGGAUCUUCCAAUUAUCCGAUUCGACGAUCUGCAGAACCGACGUCAUAGAUCUGUAGAUCGGAUGUGUUUCAUCUGCUCCGCUGAUUACCACAAGGAGGAUGUGCUUUGUCAGCUAAGUCGGUGCGGUCACGUCUUCCAUUCCGACUGCGUCGGAAAAUUGCUUCACCGGAGACAGACUUCUUGUCCGUUUUGUCAUUCGCCGGUCUUCUCCGGAAUUCCGAAGGUGGCGUGUUAA